AUUUGAUGCACUUCCAGAGUGAAAACGCCGUUUUCAAAUUUCCCCGGCGUAGUGUGGACGGGGCUUUAACGCGCCCUAAACUUCCAUAGGAAACAGUCAGGAAGAACCACAAAGACCACGACUAAACUGGGCACAAGGGUUCGCCACCAUUCUGUGUUAGUUGUCAAUUUUAAUGGAAAAUAAAGCGGGCCAAAGUCGAACCACGAGAAAUACUUCCUGGUGUCCUAGAUCAUGUCCACACUGUCGUAGUUGCCAAAAGAAGGUUGCGAUCGAUCGGUGGACAACCAUAAAUCUUGCAUGGAGCGAACGGAUCGUUCAAAGAACACGUUUGCUUUUCAUAAGAUCAAUGCAUGUACCCCCAAUCUUGAACCCCAAAAUCUACCUGAGUGUGCUUGGGACAUGACAUUUAAGUAUCAUUAUUAUUGAGACAAAUGAACAGGAGGUCUGGACGUGACAGCGUGCCGUCAUCGUGCGUGUCAGCAAGCACAUUCUACGACCAAUGUGUGUCAAUAACAAAAGCAUAAAAAGGAUAUUUCAUCAACAGAAUUAAAUUUCAAACCCUCCUCGCAUCGCGAUUCAAUCAUGGCUACAGUCUCCUUCUGGUUUCUGUUCUUGUUGCUGCCUUCACUGAUAAUCAAGAGCUUUUCUUCAGUUUCCCUUUUAGGAAUUGUGGAGCCUUUUCCAGAGAACAUUUAUCCUAUUGAGUUCACCUCAGCACAAGUGACCUGUGUUGCUUUUGAUGCGGCAGGAGUCAAGGUCCCCGAUAAAAUCCUAUUUAUGAGAAGAAAUAAAUUUAAUAGAUUUGUGGAACUAAAACCAAAUGGCAACUUGCACUUCGAUAACCGAAGCACAUUUGAAGAUGGUAAAAAGAAGUUCUUUGUAACCAUGUCCAUUAGGAAUGCAACAUUGGAUGACGACAGCCUGUAUGGUGCCCUGGGAAGUUACGAGUGCCAUGCUUUUGCGGUGGGUGAUGCUGUCGAGAGUGGAAGGCAUGCCUUUAGCGUUAGCGUCAUCACAAGAUCUAAAAUUCCCAAAGUUGUUGUCUCUGACAUCGGUGUCUUACAACAGUGAUGACGUCACAGUGUUCUGCAACUUGACUGAAAGAGGAAACCAAGCUUCCACCCCACUGAAAAGGAUUUCAUGGUUGAACGAUGGUGUGGUGCUGGGAAGUGUCCGAAAUCCCGACGUGAGAGACCCUUGAGACACGCUUGGUCCACUAAACAUCAAAGACGUUGGUGUCAGAGAUGGAGGGAAUUACACCUGUCUGGUACAAGUGCUGUUACGAAACAUCAGAGAAUACAAUGUGACCGCUAGCACUGUGAUUCAUAUUGCGCCGUGGUUUGAACAUAAAGGCGAAAAAGAAGUCGUGGGGAAGACGGGAGAGACGACGACACUGGAAUGCAGCGCCACAGGAUUUCCGCUGAAAGUGGAAUGAAAAUCUAGGCGCGGAGGUUUGUUUUGUAACAGUAAGUUUUGAAGUUUGGACAGAUUGGUCCACGUUUAUCAACUUAGAGUCCACUGCUCGAUCAAGAGUAGCCCAUUUUAAUUUACAUUCACGGUUUAGAGGAUUCUUUAGCCAGCCAACCAACCUACCACUCACCCGCUCAGUCAGUCAGUCAGUCAGUCAGUCAGUCCGUCCGUUCGUCAGUCAGUCUGUCAGUCUGACAGUCAGCAAAAACAAGUACUGAGAUAUAAAUUUAUGGCACUUCCACUCAGUUUGGCAUGAUAAUAGUUAUGUUCUCUUCAUUACCCGAGUGAUUCUAUUUUAGAUGUCUCGUCGGAUCAACGUUACAGCAUCACACGCAAGGGAAGAUAUGACCCUUAUAGCAUGAUUAUCUCCGACCUGGAGACGGCGGACAGUGGAAGUUACUAUUGUUGCCCGCCAUCAAAUUGUUCCCCGCAGAUCGAUGAAGAUCGGUGUCAGAAGUUUGCCCUUACUGCGACAGUCAAAGGUGGUGCGAUGGCUUUGACAUCUCAUGGAAUGUUUGUCGUGAUGGCUUUCUUCAUGGUGUCAUCUCUCAUUUUGUAAAAUAAAAGAGGAGAAACCGCAAGAGGAGAAACACCGAACGAAGAACGAAGAUGAUGUGUUAUAUUGCUCCACCCUCUCAAGGAACGGAGAGUUUACUUAUCUUGAGUGGCACGCAUGUUCAUUGCUAUAUUUGUUACAUAUAUGGUAAAGUUAGGAAAGGAUAGUUAAGGAUAUAAAUGAAUAGAAGUAAGUAGUGAAUUACAGAUAGUCUGUGUAUAACUGGUAUUAUCACACAUUUGCCGUGUAAAUACAGAAUACAACAUAUCAAGGCCAUAGCUAUUGUAGUAAGAGGCAAACCGAGGCACUUGGCUCAGUCAUUUUUUUCGUUUUUGUUGCUUAUAUUCAUAAUAAACACCCUAAAUACCUAAGAACUGAAUUUAUGGAUAUUGCCUCAGUGGGAAUUGUUUUUUUUUUUCCCUUUGGCUGGCUACGGCACUGCAUAUGUAAGCAAUGAGGUUUGAAAGAGAAAAAAUAAAAUAGCCAACUAUGACUGAAAA